GCAACCUCGGCCACCUCAAACGGGCUCGGCGGAGAUGGGCUCAAACAAGGCCCAGCUCGCUGACAGUACAUAUGAGGCGUUUUGCGCUUCCGAAGUCUCAGACAGAGGAGUGAGAAUGGAAGCAGGAGAAGAAGAGGGGGCUCCAAACCCUAGGGUUGGCGCUCGGCAUAUAAAGAAAAGGGCUCUCAGAAACAAAGCUCUAUCCAUCUCUUUCAAUGACAAAGAUCUCAGGGAUUAUGUUACCGGGUUUCAUAAGAGAAAGAAGAAAAGGAGAAAGGAAGCCAAACAACAGUUACAAGAAAAGGAAAGGCUUAAGCGUAUUGAGAAGCGUAAAAAGAGGAAGAUGGAGAGAGAAUUUGCUUUGUAUGGUGGAGCUGUACCAGUAGAAAAUCCUUCAGGUGCUGGUUCAGGACCUGAUGAAUGUGGCAGCGAGCCUGAAGAGGAUGGUGCAGGACCAACUGCAUCGGUUUCUGGAACAAAGAUGUAUGACAAUGGUGAUAUGACAAUCACGGUGACAACAAGCGAGCUGGGCUGCGAAGACGAAGAUGUUAAGGUAACACAUUCUCUACCCAAAUCGAUUGAAGGAGCAGAAAAGAAGCAUAGCUUGCCAGUGAAGAAGAAACCAUUUAAGAAAGCAAUGAAACAUCGGCCUCAUAAGAAGCCUAAGAAAUCUGAACUCAAGAUGAAGGGGAAAAAGAAGGGCCGAAACAAGCGGUGAUAGCUCAGAAACUGAUUCUGUUCCAGCUGGGGAUUAUAGAAUAUCAUCUUCCCCAUCAGAUAAUGAAACAUGUAGCUUGUUUGCUUCUUUAAAAGCUACAGGAUUGUGAGGUGUGAAUAGAAUUUUGCUUGCGUCUAGGAUUCCGAAAACGCAGGGACUAUGUUGGUGGCCCAGAUUGUGAAAUGAUUAACAGGCCCAGAUAACAAACAGCCAGAUUGGGCCCGUUCGACACCUUUUCAUCACAACCCAUUACUUGGAGCUUGAUGCUUUUGCAGUUUGAAAUGAUUAACAACAUGACAUGGGGCUCAUUUGGACCCCUUUGGGUUCCGGUUGGUCA